CCCUCUCCUACAGUGAAAUCGACACGUUCUGCGUACGGACGUCACUGUCGCGGCCGCUUACGCAGUGGGUGAGAAGGCGAUAUAGAAUUCGGUGUUCUACGAACGGGAAUAGACCUAAGACAACCGAGGCUUUUCACUCCUUCCCCCCGGUAGAGGGGUGGCGGGAGUACGGCAGCCAGUUGUCUUUAAGGCAAAAGAAGGGGUGUUUUCUGGAACUCGAUGUGCCCCGGUGCUUAACGAAAGACGGAACCCGAGGCCCUUAGAGUUGUACAGGAGGAGAAGACAGUCCGGGCUGUCACUGCUCCACAGCCUGGCUCGGACAGCUGGAACAUGGCGGCGGCGGAGUUGGAGUGGAUCCCAGAGACUCUGUAUAACACGGCAAUCUCCGCCGUGGUGGAUAACUACAGCCGAGCCCGCAGGGAUAUCCGCAGCCUGCCCGAAAACAUCCAGUUUGAUGUGUACUACAAGCUUUACCAGCAAGGGAGAUUAUGCCAGCUUGGAAGUGAAUUUUGCGAACUGGAGGUCUUUGCCAAGGUUCUACGUGCUUUAGACAAACGACAUCUGCUUCAUCACUGUUUUCAAGCAUUAAUGGACCAUGGUGUAAAAGUUGCUUCUGUGUUAGCAAAUUCUUUCGGCAGGCGUUGUUCCUACAUUGCUGAAUCUGAUGCCCAAGUUAAAGAGAAAGCAAUUCAGAUUGGCUUUGUCCUUGGUGGGUUCUUAUCAGAUGCUGGAUGGUAUAGUGAUGCUGAGAAGGUGUUUCAGUCUUGUCAUGAGCUGUGUGGUUUUCAAAAUGAGAUGCUACACUGCUUCCGUGCAGUGGAAUGUUGUGUUAGGCUACUCCAUGUAAAGAAUGGCAACUGUAAGUACCAUGUGGGAGAAGAAACGUUUAAACUUGCACAGACUUACAUGGACAGACUGGCAAAGCAAAGACAAUAUGCGAAUAAAGCAGCUUUGUAUGGAGAGCUCUGUGCUCUCCUCUUUGCUAAAAGCCACUACGAUGAGGCAUAUAAAUGGUGUAUCGAAGCUAUGAAGGAAAUCACAAGUGGACUUCCUGUCAAAGUAAUUGUGGAUGUUUUAAGGCAGGCAUCCAAGGCUUGUGUAGUAAAGCGGGAGUUCAAAAAGGCAGAGCAGUUAAUAAAGCACGCAGUUUACCUUGCACGGGAAAACUUUGGCCCCAAACAUCCCAAAUAUUCUGAUGCACUCCUAGACUAUGGAUUUUACCUUCUCAAUGUAGAUAACAUAUGCCAAUCUGUCGCAAUUUAUCAGACUGCUCUUGAUAUUCGACAGUCCGUAUUUGGAGGUAAAAAUAUUCAUGUGGCGACGGCUCAUGAAGACUUGGCAUACUCUUCUUAUGUUCAUCAGUACAGUUCGGGAAAGUUUGACAAUGCACUAUUUCAUGCUGAACGUGCCAUAGAGAUCAUCACUCAUAUUCUCCCAGAAGAUCAUCUUUUACUUGCUUCUUCUAAAAGAGUAAAAGCACUAAUAUUGGAGGAAAUUGCUAUUGAUUGUCACAACAAGGAGACCGAGCAAAAGCUGCUUCAGGAAGCACAUGACCUCCAUCUAUCUUCACUACAGCUGGCCAAAAAAGCCUUUGGAGAAUUCAAUGUACAGACUGCUAAACACUAUGGAAACCUUGGCCGUCUGUAUCAAUCCAUGAGAAAGUUUAAGGAAGCUGAAGAAAUGCACAUCAAAGCAAUCCAGAUAAAGGAACAGCUCCUGGGUCAAGAGGAUUAUGAAGUAGCUUUAUCAGUGGGACAUUUGGCUUCUUUGUAUAAUUAUGACAUGAGUCAGUAUGAAAAUGCAGAAAAGCUUUAUCUGCGCUCAAUAGCCAUUGGCAAAAAACUAUUUGGUGAAGGUUACAGUGGACUGGAGUAUGACUACAGAGGACUCAUAAAACUUUAUAAUUCUCUUGGCAAUUAUGAAAAAGUAUUUGAGUACCACAAUAUAUUGGCCAACUGGAAUCGGUUACGGGAUCGUCAGUUUUCUGUCACUGAUGCCCUUGAGGACGUAAAUACCAGCCCUCUUUCAACAGAAGAAGUUGUGCAGUCUUUUCUCAUGUCACAGACCACAGAAGGACAGAAUUGUUAAAAAACCAACAAACUACAAUAACUGGUCUGAAUUAACAAUUGUUUUUUCCCAUAUAAGUGGGAAAAUUCAUACUGUGAAAUUGUAAAAACAUACAAGAAUGGAGAAAUUCUUCUUGGAAAAUGGCCCAGAUAAUGGAUUUGGGUUCAGUGGAAGGUUCGUUCUGAAAUACAGUGAAAACCACCUUUUCUACGUGAAGCAAGAGGAAAUUGAACUAGUGUUUCAAAUUGUUUUGCAGCUCCAUUAGGAAGAUGCAAAUAAAACUGAUAAGAGUUUAUAAAAGUUUUUUGUUUUAUUGAAUUUUUUCCCUGUUUCUCACAGGCCAGGUGCUUUCACAUCGGUAUUUUAGUUCACUCGAGUUCAAUGUUUGAAUGGGAAGCACGUUUCCCAAACCAGACACCAAAUGUGACGUGUUCUUUUUGCAGCUAGUAAUUUUCCAUGCCAGCUUUUGGAGGAAAACAAAGUCUAGUACUGAGUUCCGUAGAGAGACGGGAAAUGCAAAUCACUGUCUCUCCCGGCUAUGUGAACUGAUUUAUUUACUGCCUCCUUAGCAUGUUUUGUAAAUGCCAUGUAAGUAUGCCGUUUUCAGUGACUGCUUUUGCUUCAGUGUUCCAUAGUGAAUUUGAAUGCACAGUUUAGCAUGCAGGCAUCCUUUAGGUAAGGCCUCUUGAUACUUGGCUGCCUUUAUCAACGCCUGUUGAAACCAUAAGCAGGUAGUUGUGAUCCAAUAUUAUAUCCAGCAAUAAUCUUGCAUUAUUCUGCAGUGUUUAAAAAGAAGAAACUCAUUUUCCGUAGCAUAUGGCACCUGUUUUUCUAUAUGUGUUGUUUAAUCAUGAGCUGUUUGGUGCUUUAAGAGAUGAUUUUUAUAUUUUGUGUGCAUUUACAUUUCACCUGGCUGAGAGCCAAACCAUGUUAAAAGCUUCAUCUCACUGACGUACUGACUUUGCCAUGGAAGGCAAUCAUGCGUGAAUGAUGAAUGUGUUUUGACGUAUUUUCAGCAUUUUAAAUUACGUGUAACUGCUUCACUUUCAGUGGGAAAGGGAAAGGUGUUUGGUUCUUCCCAAAAUGUUAUAUUUGUAGCAGCAUGAAAAACAGAAUUGUUUUUGAACAGAAACAUUACUUAAAGCCCAUUUUUAUUGUGUGCUGCUACUUGCAUGUUUGCUCUGUCCUCCCCACAGAUACUUCAUAGGCACACUAACCAAUCUUAUUGACCUUUGCAAAUAUUUCUGUCCUAAAAUACAGUGUAUAAUGGUCACUUGUUGGAGGACUUUCUUCUACAAAGGUUACCAAAUGUAGCUACACCCAGCCAGAUGUCUGUGAUUUGAUGCCUGUCAGGCAACUUCCAGUUUAGAAACUGCUUGGAAUUAUGUAGCUUCUUAUUCGAUAAGCUGCCAUGCCUUCAACUAAUGCUCUGGUCCAUAUGUAGCUUAAAAUAAAUGUGUUUGGGCCACCAUGUUUGUAGGCAGUGAUGUUUUUGUUCAGUAGCUGAAGUGAGAAGAAAGAUUUCGUGCACUGGCAUGAUUAUAAGGUAAUGGUUCCCACAGCAAAAUCAUUUUAGGGACACCCCUAAACUUUGUCAAUAACAGAUUUAUUUCAUCAAUAUUUAUUGAAACUGCAGUUUUCUCUGUAGUUAAGCCCCUAACGUCAUGUGUUUCCAGCUUAGCAUGGCUUGCCCAUGUUCCCUUUGUGCUAUUCUAGAUUCUACUUCUGUCUUUCUUCAUCAUUCAAUAAGAAAGGUUUUGUGCAUAUCUCAGUAUGGCAGGUAAUACAGCAGCUGAUACUCGUGUUGGUAAGAACAGAACUCCAACAAAAGUCUGCUAUAUGCAGCAAACUGUACACUUGUUUACUAGUAAAUAAAAGUCGAUGAUUUUCCACUUUUAACCUUCUCCAUGCUAUGACCUAGACCAACUCACAGGUUCCUGUUAAAAUAAAGAGAAUAUUUCUCUUAAGUCAUAAAACAUAUAUGGCCUGUAUGUCAUGUGUGAGUAAACAAGUUAAUAAAUAUGUUAAGUAGCUUUCUCUUA